AUUAUGGCGAGGGUGGUGCUGGUGUCUUUUAUGGCUCCAGUUCUCGGGAAUUAUUAUUAUUAAUAUCAUUAUGAUGGUCGCUGGUGCGAUAUUCCACAAAUCUGACCUCACAUCGCAAUCGACAAAGAGAGAAAGAGAGAGAGAGAGAGAGAGAGAGGGGAAGAAAAGACUCGAGGAGAAGUUAUCAGUAUUUUUUGAAUUUUUAAUUUUCCUUUUCGGUGGAGAGAGAGAGAAGUAGAGAGAGAAGGAUAGAGAGAGAAGGAAAGUCUAUUGGGUGAAUUUAUAUUCCUCGCUUUUUCGUCAAACCAACAGAAAGUCAUUUUUUUUUAAGAGCGGACGGGGGAGUUUUUCCCUGAGAGAGAAGGAAGUUCGCUUCUUGAUUUCUAGGGUUUGCGUUCGUCCCCGUGCUCGAUUCUGGGUCGGCAAUGGAAUUCGGUUUCUAGCCCUCCUUGACCACCCCGUUCCGAUCCGAGUUUCUCUCUCUUUCUGAGCUCCGAGCAAAAUGGAGGAGGAGGAGGUGGCUGCAGCUGCUGCCGGCGCUAGCAGUAGCGGCGGGGGGGCCGCUGCCGGCGGAGGCGGAGGCGGAGGUGCUGGUAGUGGUGGAGAUGGAGGUGGUGGUGGUGGGGAUGCUGAGAAGAAGAAGACAGCUGAAGGGGAGGGCAAGUCUAAGCGCAAGAUGAAGACUGCUUCUCAGUUGGAGAUUCUGGAGAAGACUUAUGCUGUGGAGCCGUAUCCGUCCGAGGCGAUAAGGACUGAGCUGUCGGGGCAAUUGGGGCUUUCCGAUAGGCAGUUGCAAAUGUGGUUCUGUCACCGGCGUUUGAAGGACAGGAAGGGACCGUCCAAACGGCAGCGUAAGGACUCCCCAGCUGCCGCUGCUCCUGAGCCAAUGUCGGUUGGUGGGGAAGCGGCGAAUGAGCUUCCCUAUGGUGCUGUUGCUGGAUCAAGUUCGUUUGCGCCAGCUGUGGAUCCUUGGCGAGCUGCCCCACGAGUCGGGACGGCUGUUGCACGAAUCAGCGGUGAUUAUCCGGUGAUCAAGCGGCAUUACGAGCCAGAACCAUCAAUGGCUGAGCGCCAUGCAAUUGCAUUUGUGGAAGCGCAGUUGGGCGAGCCUUUGAGGGAGGAUGGGCCGAUUCUCGGCAUGGAGUUUGAUCCUUUGCCGCCAGGUGCAUUCGGCACACCUAUUGGAGGAGCAGUGAUGGGGCAACAUAAACAAACUGGAAGAUCUUUUGAGGCCAAAUAUGAGCGCUCUGAUGCCAAAUCAAUUAAGGGUGUUGUGCGUCCAGUCCAUGAAUACCAGUUUCUUCCGGAGAAACCAACUGUUAGAGCUGAGACAUAUGAAAGAGUUGUUCCACCAUACCAUGGUGGUUCAGAUGGUAGUAACCCACGGAUUUCGGCUGGACCUCCGUUCUUGCAUGCGAAUGAGCCAAUGCCCUCUGGAUAUGGUCUUCAAAAUCGGAUGCCCACUUUGAGUCUCUUGACUCCACCAGGCAAGCAGGGGCAUCUCUUGACAUCAACUCCAGGAGAGUAUGAUUUAGAUCCAUCAAAAACCUCGUCUACAAACUUGGAGAUUGAAAAUAGGCUUGGUGCUCACUCUGCUUCAGCAUUGGACAAUCCGAUUGUAUCAUCAGACAGACGGGUCAUUCACAAUGAGGAACUUUUACGAGCUGAGAGAAAGAGGAAGAGUGAAGAGGCUAGAAUACAACGGGAGGUUGAAGCUCAUGAGAAAAGGAUUAGAAAAGAACUAAAAAAGCAAGAUAUUUUGAGACGAAAGAGAGAGGAGCAAGUAAGAAAAGAAAUGGAGAGGCUUGACCGUGAAAGGCGGAAGGAAGAAGAAAGAUUACUGCGGGAGAAGCAGAGAGAGGUAGAGAGGUACCAGCGUGAGCAAAGGCGUGAAUUGGAGAGGAGGGAGAAGUUCUUGCAGAAAGAGUCUAGAAGAGCUGAGAAACAGAGGAGAAAAGAGCAAGCUCGCAGAGAAAAGGAAGCUGCCAGACUUAAAGCUGCUAAUGAGAGAGCAAUUGCUCGCAGAAUGGCAAAAGAAUCAGUGGAACUCAUUGAGGAUGAACAAUUGGAGCUAAUGGAGUUUGCAGCCUCAAGCAAGGAGUUACCUUCAAUUAUGUCUCUGGAUUUCGAAACUUUGCAAAAUCUUGAGUUAUAUAGAGAUUCUAUGACUGCAUUUCCAUCCAUAUCUGUGCAAAUGAAAAGGCCGUUUGCAAUUCAACCUUGGUCACAUUCAGAGGAGAAUAUUGGGAAUCUUCUCAUGGCUUGGAGGUUCGUGAUAACUUUUGCAGAUGUUCUUGGUCUGUGGCCGUUCACGCUUGAUGAGUUUGUUCAAGCUUUCCAUGACUACGAUGCAAGGUUGUUGGGUGAGAUACAUGUUUCUCUGUUACGAACAAUCAUUAAAGAUAUUGAAGAUGUUGCAAGGACACCUUCCACUAAUGUGGGAGCGAAUCUAAAUAGUGUUGCUAAUCCAGGCGGUGGCCAUCCGCACAUAGUUGAAGGGGCAUAUUCUUGGGGUUUUGAUAUUCGGACGUGGCAGCGGCAAUUGAAUCCGCUUACAUGGCCUGAAAUACUGCGGCAGUUCGUCCUUUCUGCAGGAUUUGGGCCCCAACUGAAGAAAAAGAAUGUUGAAGCAGCAUAUAUUCAUGAAGAUCACGAGGGGCAGGGUAAUGAUGGUCAAGAUAUAAUUUCUAUUUUGCGAAAUGGUGCAGCUGCUGAAAAUGCCUUUGCCAAAAUGCAACAAAGGGGAUUUUCUAAUUUACGCAGAUCGAGGCAUCGUUUGACCCCUGGAACAGUCAAAUUUGCAGCUUUUCAUGUUCUCUCUCUGGAGGGAGAUGAUGGCCUAUCAAUACUUGAAGUCGCCGAUAGGAUUCAGAAAUGUGGACUACGAGAUCUUACUACUAGCAAGACUCCAGAAGCAUCGGUAGCUGCUGCUUUGUCAAGGGAUACAAAGCUUUUCGAGAGAACUGCUCCAUCUACUUACUGUGUCCGACCUGCUUAUAGAAAGGAUCCAGUUGAUGCUGAGGCUAUACUUUCUGCUGCUAGGGAAAGGAUUAGAGAAUUUAAAACUGAGCUUGUUGAUGAAGAGGAAGCUGACGAUGCUGAAAGAGAUGAAGACUCUGAAAGCGAAAGCACCGAAGACCCUGAGGUGGAUGAUUUAAAUGCUGAAUUAAAUGCUCAGGUGGAGGUCUCCCAAAGAGAUGUUGAUCUACUCGGUGUGAAAACUCUUUCGGGUGAUGGAAAGGAUGAUGCUGAUGAAAUAGACAUCUCACAGAAUGGCAUGGAGAGAGCGAAUGGAGAUUCAUCAUUGAUGUGUCCUGAAGACUUGAUCAAGGAUGAAGAUGCCAGUGUUCCUGUUGAUAGAGGUGAUGGUGGCAUUCAAGAUGAAGUAACUGAUAAUCAGCAAGACACCGAUAUUGAUGAAAGCAAUCCGGGAGAGCCAUGGGUGCAAGGACUUAUGGAAGGAGAGUACUCAGAUCUUAGCGUUGAAGAGCGCCUCAAUGCUCUUGUCGCUAUUAUUGGUGUUGCAAUUGAAGGGAAUUCAAUACGUAGUGUUCUUGAGGAACGCCUGGAAGCAGCAACUGCUUUGAAGAAACAGAUGUGGGCAGAGGCACAACUCGAUAAACGCCGAACAAAAGAAGACUACCUGAUGAAGAUUCACCAUCCACUCCAAAUGGCAAGCAAAACUGAAGCUAACGUUCCAAACAUAUCAUCAGCUGAGGGCAAGCUAAGCCCUUUGCUUGCUGUUGAUGGUGGUAACAAUGAGAUGCCAGUGGAUCCUGCUAUUCAGCGAGAAUCAAUGAUGGUUCAGCAGAAUCCCAGUCCCUUAAUAACUUCUGAAGGAAACGUGCACGUGCAAGAUAUUCCUGGCGGUUCAGAAAAUUUUUCACUGCAGCAAGUAGGAUAUGCGGCUGAAAUGUCCCGCUCACAGUUAAAAUCUUAUAUUGGUUACAAGGCAGAAGAGUUGUAUGUAUAUCGGUCAUUGCCUCUUGGUCAGGAUCGAAGGCGCAACAGAUACUGGCAGUUUGUCACAUCCAAUUCAAGAAAUGAUCCUGGCUGUGGUAGGAUCUUCGUUGAGUUGCAUGAUGGGCGAUGGAGGCUAAUUGAUUCUGAAGAGGGUUUCAAUUCUUUGUUAGCAUCUUUAGAUGUACGUGGGGUUAGAGAAUCAUAUCUUCACUUCAUGUUGCAAAGGAUAGAGUCAUCAUUUAAAGAAUCUGUUAGAAGAAAUGCAAUCUGCACUGGUGGCAAGAGAACAAGUGAAGAGAAAGUCAAGAGAGAGGCUCUUGAAGUGCCACAUGGCUCUGAUGCUUCCAUAGGCAUUGACAGCCCUAGCAGUUCUGUAUGUGGAGUGGAUCCUGAGACAUCAGAGACCUCCACAUCGUUUGAAAUUGAGCUCGGAAGAAAUCGACAUGAGAAAGAUGGUGCUCUAAAGAGAUAUCAGGAGUUUGAGAAUUGGAUAUGGAAGGAAUGCCUAAGUCCUUCGGUGCUAUAUGCCAUUAAAUAUGGGAAGGAAAGAUGUGUGCCACUUCUUAAUGCUUGUGAUCGAUGUCAUGAGAUAAAUUCUAUGGACUAUGAUAACUGCCCUUCAUGUUGUUGGACCUCAACAACCUUGAAAAAUGACUUAUAUCUCUCUGAGUCUGCAGCACCUUCUGAACACAAAUUGCAUAUGCUGCCUGACCCUACUAAGCAUGGUUCGGUGUCUUCCCCUGUGAAAACAAGACUGCUUAAAGUGUUAUUGGCUUUGGUGGAGGCUUUUGUUCCUCCAGAAGCUCUUGAGUCCGUUUGGACUGACGAUUAUCGCAAGUCUUGGGGUAUGAAGCUGCGAACUUCAUCAUCAACUUCAGACCUCCUUCAGGCUUUGACAUUGUUGGAGAGUGCCAUUAGGAGGGAUUAUUUGGCCCCUAAUUUUGAGACCACUAAUGAAUUGUUGAGCAUCUCUUCCGGAUUUGCUUCUGAUAUUUCUGUGAGUCUUGAAGCUUUGAUUGUACUCCCAUGGAUACCCCAAACGACAGCUGCAGUUGCAUUAAGGCUCAUGGAAUUUGAUUCAGCCAUCUCUUAUUCGCUCCAUCAAAAGGCGGAGUCUGCAGUAGAUGAAGGAUCUGGGGACUUUGUGAAGUUUCCAUCAAGAUACAUGGGCACGAGGAGUUGGCACAACCAUGAUAGUGCAGCAACUCCUUUUCGAGGUGGGCCUGUAGAUGAAAACUGGGCUGACCCUGGGCCGGCACUUGCCAGGUCUGGUCGACGACGGGGCCGGGGAACUGGAAGGGGCCUUAGUCGCACAGGCGGCCGGAGAUCCCAGAGAAGGAUACCUGGUGGUCCUAGGUUUGACUCUGGCAAGAAAGCUAGAGUGGCAAAUGGUGAGAGAGGGCGGUCCCGUGGACGAGGUGGACGUAGGCGAGGACGACGCAGCACUAGAAAUCGGCAGAGAGCAGUGAAAAAGGAAGUUCCUGUCUUCGAUGAAAGGGACGACACAAAAGAACUGAUGAUGGAGGAAUCGCCAGGGGUCUUGAUUGAGGAUGGAUGGAAUGGGGAUGAUGGUAAUAAUGUGGGGCUGAAUUUGGAGGAAGCCGAAAAUAGCAGCAGUUCAGAGAGUUCAGAAUUUGAGGAUGAAGAUGGGCAAGCGACUGGGUCGUACAGAUAUGAUCUCGCUGCAGAUGAUUACUCUGGAGGCCUCAAUGGCAAGGCCGAUGAAUUGUCGGAAGCAAGCGAUGAUAAUAUGGAUGGCAACGAGGAAGUUGAGGAGGAGGAGGACGACGAUGAGGAUGAGGGAGACGAUGGGGGCGGAGAUUUAGAUGUUCGAGAAUACAUUAAUGGGGAAUUCGAUGAGGAGGAGGAGGAUACAAGAGCCAUUGAUGGAUUUGAAAAUGUGGACCCUGAUGAAGGUACAGGAUCUACAUCUUCGGAGUACAGUGACUGAAGGUCCAUGUUGCCGGCAGAAAACGGUGCUCCCAUCAUAUUGUUUCGACCGUAGGUUCUUAGCGCUAAAUGUAUUUAGAGAGAGAGAGAGAGAGUUGUUGAAAUCACUCAAUGUCAGGGCAAUUCUGUCACACGCAGAAGUAUAUUCGCGGUGCGGUGUACUUUGAUAGAGCAAAUACUCUACGUACAUUUGGUGAUAAUGAGGAAAAGAAGCUUGGAUAUUCACUUCUAUUCCGAUAGCCUAAAGAAGAAUUACUUCCAUUUCA